CUUUUUCCUUUGUACACACUUUUUAAAUCGUCUCAUUUCAAACAUUACACAUUAAAUCUUGCUGUGGGCUUUGAUGUCCAUGGAGCUGGGGAGGAUGUAUUGGGGGAAGCCUUUUGUUGUGCACUUAGAUGAUCUUCUUUGUUUGAACAGUUUAUAAUGAGGCUGUAACAUCUAGUGCAGCUAUUGUUUUAUUUGUGUGUGGUUUUUUUUUGUUUUGUUUUGUUUUUGAAACAGAGUCUCGCUCUGUCACCAGGCUGGAGUGCAGUGGCAUGAUCUUGGCUCACUGCAACCUCCGCCUCCCAGGUUCAAGCAAUUCUCUUGCCUCAGCCUCUCGAGUAGCUGGGACUACAGGCGUACGCUGCCACGCCGGCUAAUUUUUUUUUGUAUUUUAGUAGAGACGGGGUUUCACCAUGUUGUCCAGGCUGGUCUUGAACUCCUGAGCUAAGGCAGUCUGCCUGCCUGGGCCUCCCAAAGUGCUAGGAUUACAGGCGUGAGCCACCCACGCCACUGUGCCCGGCUGUAGCUAUUGUUUUAAAAGAAUCACCUAAUAUACCUUUUUUUUUGUGGGGAGGGAGUCUCACUCUGUUGGCCAGGCUGAAGUGCAGUGGCGCGAUCUUGGCUUCUUGGCUCACUACAAUCCCCGCCUUCUGGGUUCAAACAAUUCUCCUGUCUCAGCCUCCUGAGUAGCUGGAACUACAGGUACAUGCCACCACAUCUGGCUAAUUUUUUUGUAUUUUUAGUAGAGAUGGGGUUUCACCAUAUUGGUCUGGCUGGUCUCCAACUCCUGACCUCAGGUGAUCCACCUGCCUCGGCCUCCCAAAGUGCUGGGAUUACAGGCUUGAGCCACCAUGCCCAACCUAGUAUACUCCUUUUUAUAUGGUAGCUGAAAGGUAUUAUGGUGCCUCAGAAGGAAAAGGUUCUAACAGAGUCUAGCCGCUUUGACAGCCCAUUUUCAACACACUACUUCUAACAUGCUGAUAGCACUUUUUCCAAUACAGAAAAAAAAGACUUUUUUAAAAAUUGAAAUACAUUAAGUCCUCACAUAAUGUUGUCAAUAGGUUCUUGGAAACUGCAACUUUAAAUGAAAGGCUGUAUAGUAGAUCCUCCAGUAACAUUUUCUUCACCAUAAUUUCGUUAUGAUGUUGAUGAAAAAAGGAAUUGGUUUUGUUUUAUGUUGUUUUGUUUAAAGUCACAGUUUCCAAGAACCUGUCCAUGGUGCUAAGUGAGGACUUAACUGUAGUAAUAUUUAAAACUGCAUAGUGUAACUUUUGAAUUUUCCAGGCUUUUAUUACAUCUUUGUCUUGUUAAUGAUGCAGCAGAUUCAGGAAAACUUAUUACAGCAGGUAAUUCACUUUGUUCAACAUUUGAUCUCAAAGUUUUAGUUCACCAAGUUGAGGCAUUUCUCUCAAAUGGAUUGAUUUGAGACUUCCAGGAAGAAAUAGUGUCUGGUUAGUAGUUCCUAAAAUGGCUUCUGAUGAAUUUCCACUGAAGGAGAGUACAUGCCAGUACAAAGGCAAGCAGAAAGAAGAAAGAUAGAGAAAACAGGCCUCACCCAUUCGCUUUACCUCUUGAAUUGAGAAAGGAUUUGUUUCCUACCCUUGGACUUCUGUUAGGUGCCUGGACACUAAGGCCUGAAGGCUCAGUGACAGUUUCUGGUAAUGUGCAGAAGAUAUGCCAUUGUGUAGCAGUUUGCAUGUAGGACCCUCAUACAGUUGUACCCUCACACAGUUGUAGCAUGGUGCUUUCCUGUCAAAGAGCUGGGAGAAGUCAGGCCAACUGAUGGCUAUCUAAAAAUCAUAGUUCCAUCUGGCCUGCUCCAGGGGCUCCAGGCUGGGUUUGUGCGGUGGCUGAAUAGCCACGGUACUCCCGGUCUUCAUCACGUACAGCUCUCAUGAGUGCCCUACAGAAGUAGUCCAGGAUGCUGUGUAAGCCUCAGGGUCGGCUCGUGGAGUGAGCAGGAGUGUGACUGGUGCUUUAUAUCAAGGUCACUUGUUACAUGUGACUGUUAAUGUGUUUGAACAUAUGAAGUAAGAUAGAAGAUAUACAUACUGAUUGCUCUAUUAGUAGAGUCACAUACACUCUUGAAUUAUGUGUGAGCUUUUUAAAAAUUUAUUUUCCUUCUAAAAGAAAUUUUUUCCUGAUGAUAUUAGUAAUGUCUGUAAAUGACAAAAAAUAUAUAUAUUUGUUUGAAAUUGUACAACCAAAAGAAAAGCAUGCUUAACACAUAAUCUUUUAAAAAUGGUCUAUUGUGGGAAUUUCCUUCACCUUGAGAUUAUAAAUAUGUACAGUCUUAUGUUUGAAUUGUUUAAAACUUUGUUUGUAUUUUUUCCAUGUCAUUAAGUAUUUUUUGAAAGCAACUUGCAUUGGAUCUCUCAUACUGAUAGGUAUAAUUUAUUUAACCAUUCUUGAACAGGUAAGCUAUUUCUAAUUUUUUAUUGGCCUUGGUGAGCAUAAAAGUUAUGUUUACUGAAAGAACAGGCUGUGUUUUAAUAUUAUUUUUUAUUCCUGGACUCAUGUUAUGAAUUGGCAAAUGGGUAAAUUUGUGAAGCAUAUGAAUUUUAAAAAUUAUUUUAAAUCCAUUAUCUACUUAAUGGAUUCAACUUUGAAUCUUUUAAUUUAUUUUUACCUCUGGUGUUAGUCACUUGGAGGAGCCUUUUAAUAUACUCGACCCCCCCAUACACAUAGCGUCAUUAUAUGUCUUAUGUUUAAUAUGUGAAACAGCUUUCUGUCUUCAUAAAACAGGGCAUACAUUGCAGGCUUACAUUGGUUGUCUUUGUAGACAUUUUGAUGGACUGUUGAACUUUGGUGUGUGGGCCUAGUGAAUGAUGGCUUUCGCAUUUACAUGGGAUCAUUGCAGCUUUAAGAAUUGUGUGAUGCAUCUGUGCCAACUUGGAAAGUUUGUCAGUAGUAUGUUAAAGUUUUUUUAAAAGUUGCCACAAUACUAUGUGUGGUGUGAUUCCAUUAUGGGAAUCCAUAUAAAAAUAUGAUACACAAAUGUUUAUAUCAUAGGCAAAGAAGUAGAAGGAUACUAAUGAAGCUAUAGAUGUGGGUGGUGUUUUCCUCUAGGGAGUGAGAUUUGGUUGAAGGAAGUAAUUUAACUUUUCACUUUAUGUACUUAUAUAUUUGGAAAUUUUAAUUAGCAUAUAUUUUGCAGAGUUUAAGAAUGGCAAGGGAAGCUAUAUUUUAAAAUUAAAUGAUUGCUUUGAAAUGGAAAGUAACUGCUUUGGCUUUUUAAAAAAAAUAGAUUUUAUGUUCGAGAGCAGUUUUAGGUUCACAGCAAAGUUGAGAGGAAAGUACAGAUUUCCCAUAUGCCCCUUGCCUGCGUGCACACACACACACAGCCUCCUUCAUUAUCAACAUCUUGUGCUAGAGUAAUGCAUUUGUUACAGUUGAUGACCUGCAUUGACAUGUCAUCAUCACCCAAAGCGCAUCAUUUGCAUUAGGGUUUACUGUUGGUGUUGUGUCUUCUAAGAGUUUGGGGAAAUGCAUAAUGAUGUGUGUCUACCAUAGUAGUAUGGUACAGAGCGGUUUCACUGCCUUAAAAAUCUUCUGUGCUUCACCUGUUUAUCCCUCCCUCCCCUCAACCCCUGCUAACUACUAUCUUUUUAUUGUCUCCACAGUUUUGUCUUUUCUAGAAUGUCAUAUAGUUGGAAUCAUAUAGUAUGUAGCCCACAUCUUGGCUGCUUCCAAGUUGUGGCAGUUAUGAGUAAAGCUGCUAUAAACAUCCGUGUGCAGGUUUUUGUGUGGACAUAAGUUUUCACCUCCUUUGGAUAAUUACCAAGGAGUGCAGUGGCUAAAUCAUAUGGGUGAAAUAGUGGUGAAAAAUAACCCAAAUGAAUCUGUAACUCCUAAUGCCGCUACCAAUUCUCCUUCAUGUACAAGAGACAUUAUCUACAGAACUGUCAGCAGCCCCUAAAAAUGUUACUUCUAUGAUAAACUUAAAGACCAUUGCUUCGUCAGCAGAUCCUAAAAAUGUUAGUAUACCAUCUUCUGAAGCUUUAUCUUCGGAUCCUUCCUACAACAAAGAAAAACACAUUAUUCAUCCUACCCAAAAGUCUAAAACAUCACAAGGUAGUGACCUUGAACAAAAUGAAGCCUCAAGAAAGAAUAAGAAAAAGAAAGAAAAAUCUACAUCGAAAUAUGAAGUUCUGACAGUUCAAGAGCCUCCAAGGAUUGAAGAUGCCGAGGAAUUUCCCAACCUGGCAGUUGCAUCUGAAAGAAGAGACAGAAUAGAGACACCGAAAUUUCAAUCUAAGCAGCAGCCACAGGAUAAUUUUAAAAAUAAUGUAAAGAAGAGCCAGCUUCCAGUGCAGUUGGAUUUGGGGGGCAUGCUGACAGCCCUGGAGAAGAAGCAGCACUCUCAGCAUGCAAAGCAGUCCUCCAAACCAGUGGUAGUCUCAGUUGGAGCAGUGCCAGUCCUUUCCAAAGAAUGUGCAUCAGGGGAGAGAGGCCGCCGCGUGAGUCAAAUGAAGACCCCGCACAAUCCCUUGGACUCCAGCGCCCCACUGAUGAAGAAAGGGAAGCAGAGGGAGAUCCCCAAGGCCAAGAAACCAACCUCACUGAAGAAGAUUAUUUUGAAAGAACGGCAAGAGAGAAAGCAGCAGCGUCUCCAAGAAAAUGCUGUGAGUCCAGCUUUUACCAGUGAUGACACACAAGAUGGAGAGAGUGGUGAUGACGACCAGGUUCCCGAGCAGGCAGAGCUGUCAGGGCCAGAGGGGAUGGACGAACUGAUCUCCACUCCUUCGGUUGAGGACAAGUCUGAAGAGCCACCAGGCACAGAACUCCAGAGGGACACAGAGGCCUCCCACCUUGCUCCCAAUCACGCCACCUUCCCUAAGAUCCACAGCCGCAGAUUCAGGGAUUACUGCAGCCAGAUGCUUAGUAAAGAAGUGGAUGCCUGUGUUACCGACCUACUCAAAGAACUGGUCCGUUUCCAAGACCGUAUGUACCAGAAAGAUCCAGUCAAGGCCAAGACUAAACGUCGACUUGUGUUGGGGUUGAGGGAAGUUCUGAAACACCUGAAGCUCAAAAAACUGAAAUGUGUCAUUAUUUCUCCCAACUGUGAGAAGAUACAGUCAAAAGGUGGGCUGGAUGACACUUUGCACACAAUUAUUGAUUAUGCCUGUGAGCAGAACAUUCCCUUUGUGUUUGCUCUCAACCGCAAAGCUCUGGGGCGCAGUUUGAAUAAGGCAGUUCCUGUCAGUGUGGUGGGGAUCUUCAGCUAUGAUGGGGCCCAGGAUCAGUUCCACAAGAUGGUUGAGCUGACAAUGGCGGCCCGACAGGCGUACAAGACCAUGCUGGAGAAUGUGCAGCAGGAGCUGGUGGGAGAGCCCAGGCCUCAGGCACCUCCCAGCCCACCCACACAGGGCCCCAGCUGCCCUGCAGAAGAUGGCCCCCCAGCCCUGACAGAAAAAGAAGAGCCACACUACAUUGAAAUCUGGAAAAAACAUCUGGAAGCAUACAGUGGAUGUACCCUGGAGCUAGAAGAAUCCUUGGAGGCUUCAACCUCUCAAAUGAUGAAUUUGAAUUUAUGAGAGUUCUUGCCUGUGUGUCUGUAUUUUGGGUAAGGAGGGGAGGUCUGAAAAAGACUUUGGGGCUUUUUCUUCUCAGUUUUUCAUGACAGUGUAAUUUGUGUAACUGUUGAAUCUGGAAAUUGAUCAGCAUUAAAGGGCACAUGAAGCAGUGUCUGCAGGCGUUCAGUGCUGCGGAGCCUGUUAAGGGUCAUUCAGAUGUGCAGGUGUUAAUCUUCUCUAAAAGCCUGGUGAUACAGCUCUGGCUUUCUGAGCACACUAUGGAUCUGGAAAAUACUGGAAAAUGUGAUACUUAGAAUACUUUGGCUGCUAAGGAAACUUCCUCUCCAUUGCAGAAUAGCUGAGCCAAGUGAGUGAGUUUGGAGAAAGCAUGUGGUGAGCUCCCGCCUGCUGGAGGUGGCCAUGGAGGGCCAUUCCUGCCUGGCAACAGCACCGUCCUGCAGGGAGCCACUUGGCAGAAGGGUGCAGGGCUGCUGGUGUCAGAGCAAGAGGGCUACAGGGGAAGGGCCCUUUCUCAGGGGAUGUAGCUUUUUUAAAAGAUUUGGGAACACUUGGAGGAUUUCCUAAAAUGAGCCUCAGAAGGAAAAUUGGUUUUCUAACCUGUGACUUUUUCAAAUGAAUUAUUCCUUUCAGUCUUUAUUUUUCAAAGAAACAAUGUUUAUUGAAGUACCUAGAUUUGUUUGAUAAUCAACAAAUCUUUCCUUUUUCAAUGAACAUAUUCUGAAUGUGGUUUCUGUCUUAGACCAGGAGGACAGAGUUUGCUUUCAUAUUUUCCCUGUAAGUAAGAGGGCUUAUUUAUUUUAAAUAAAGAGUAAUUAUUAAA